GAGGUGUGGGCCACUAGGCCCUGCUUCUUUAAUUACAUUUAAAAAAGGCUUUUACAUGGCUUGUUGUUUGCAUAUAGGGAAAAGUUACUUUGUAUGUCGACUGUGUAUCCAGUGUCCUUUCCAAAUCGUGUUACUAAUUUGAAGAGUUCUGUUCAUAGAUUCCUUUGGACUUGGCUCUAAUAACUGUGUCAUCUACAAAUAACAGUUGUUUUCCUUCUUUCCAAUCUGUUUCUGUAUUAGCUUUCUCCCUUCUUGCACAAGCUAGCAUCUGGUGUCAUGCUAAACAGAAGAGCUGGUGGUCUGAUACCCUUGCUUCACCGCCAGCCCUAAGAACAUCUUUCAUUAUUUCCUGGAAUGGAGCGUUUGCUGUGAUUGGUUAGAUUCCUCAGUUGAGGAAGUUGCCUUUUAGCCUAUAGAGAUGUAUACUUUGUUGUUGUUGUUGUUCUUUAAAAAUCUAUUAUUUCAUUAUUGUAUAUAUGUGCACGUGCAUAUACAUUGUAGCAUUUAGGUGGAGGUUGGGGGACAACUUGCAGAAGAACGCCCCAGGUUUGAAUUACCAAACCAGGAAAAUAAUUGAAAAAUAAUCUCGUAAUGUUUUAAGUAAGUUUAUAGUUUUCUAUUGGGGCCUAUUCAUAGCUAUCUUGGGGUGCAUGCAGCCUGUGGGCCCGGCUUGGACAUGCCUGAUAAUGUAACUUAGACAUAAAACAGCUCUGGGUUGUACUCAUUUCUUCUCUGAACAACACUGGCUGCUACAUCUUUUCCUUCCAGCUGUGAGGGCCACCGCAUAGGAGUGUGUGGCCGGAGCCCAGUUCUGAGGACCCGACACCCUCUCCCUGCCAUCUGGCUACUUGUGCAGCCCUUCUGAGACUGUUCCACCAUUCUCUGGCAGAAUGAAUGCCCUCGAUGGUGUCCCCUUCAAGGUGCCCAAGGGCUUUGUGAUGGACACAGAGCCCCACCCUGUGCCUGAGCUCAGUGUCCGGGACUGUAGAGAACUCCUGCUGGGCACGAUGUAUGACUUCAGCCUGGAAAAGAAGGCUCUCUUCUGGGUGGAAGCAGCCGUCCGAGGAUCUUGCCCCCAUCAGUGCAAUGACCUGGGGAUUGCAUCAGCCCCUCCAGCCUGGUUCCUGCUGGUGAAUCCAAACUACGGUCAGGUGCCUGAACCUGCUGAAAUCAGAGACCCAGAGACUGGACAGCAAGAAUCUCCUGAGGAGGAGGACGAGGAGGAGGAAGAAACAGAAGAGAAGAGGGACGAGGAAGAGGCCUCCUCUACCAGCGAGGAAGGGAUGGACUCCAGCAGCCCUCAGCCCGGUUCCCCUACAAGCCAUCGUCGCUGCUCCCUGGAUGUGCUGCGAAACAUGAGGUCUGAGCUGGCUGAUGCCAGGCGACGGCUCUCGGAGAGCAGACUAGCCACAUGUCCUCGAGCCCUCCUGCACCGCUUCCGAGCCCACCGCACGCUGAGCCUGAGCGCCAGCCCAGCUCCAACCCCUGGCCCAGCACCGCAGCCCCCCAACGUCUCCGAGCUGCCCCCACGACCCUCCACUGCCGGCGCCAUGCCUCCAUUGCGGAGCCACAAGCCUACAGUAGCUUCCCUCAGCCCAUACACCUGCUUGCCACCUCUUAGGGAGACACCCCAGCCCCUCGCCUCCUGUAGACUGCAUCGUGAUUCAGCACCUGACCUGCUGUCUGCCCUGACCAAAGAGGAGCAAGACCUCAUCGGGCCAGUGGUCGCCUUGGGCUAUCCCCUGGGAAGGGCCAUCGUGGCACUGCAGAAGACAGGGAGGCAGAGCCUGAGCCAGUUUCUCGGCUACCUCAGUGCCUGUGAAAGGCUGCUGCGGCAGGGCUACGAUGAGGCGCUGGUGGACGAGGCCAUGGAGAUGUUCCAGUUCUCUGAGCAUCAGGCAGGGGAGUUCCUGCGGCUCUGGCAGCAGUUCAGUGACAUGGGCUUCCAGCAAGACCGGAUCAAGGAGGUGCUGUUGGUCCACGGCAACCAGCGUGAACAAGCCCUGGAGGAGCUGGUAGCCUGUGCCCAGUGACAAACCAGGACGCUGUUUGAUGCAUGACUGACAGUGGGGUCAGUCCUGCCACCCAUCCCAGCUGUAUCAUCAAAAGAUA